AGGGCACUUUGAGAGAACAAUGCCUGGUCCUGUAUAAAGCACAGCUACCUUGGUCAGUUCCUCUACAUCCCAGUGAGUCCUGUUACUGAAAUUUGCUGCUGUCGCUGUCCCUCCUGGUCUGGCUCAGGAUGCCUCAUUGGCCUUACAAGUUGCAGAGAAUCAUAGCUGAGAGUGUAGCCACUAAGAAGGAUUCACCCGCCGCAGGAGAAACACAGCCUACAGGCAUCCUAUUCAGACCAUCCCUGCCAUCCGGAAACACAGUCAUCUGGUUACUGACCCGGGAGCUGAAGCAAGUGAUGAGAGAGAAUCAGAGCCUACGUCAGCAUGUUGAGGACUUGACAAAGAAAAUGUCCGUGAUGGAGUCCAGAUUGGCCCAUCUAGAGCAAACCCCAGCUCCAUGUGUGACUGGACUCCCCACAGGCACUGUCCUGAUUCCCAAGCUCGGGGAGAUCCAGAUACCCCUGGCAGAGAUGGAUGAAAUGUGGCCAAUGGACUGUGAAGGGACUGAGAUUAAUUUGCCAACUGGAUACCCUGAGGCUGUGGAAUCAGGAGAGGUUCCAUCCACCUCUGAGAGACAGUCCCUGCCCCAUAACCCUCCUGCAGCAGCCAGCAUCCCUGACAGCUCCCUCCUGCGCAUCUCCCGCAAGGAGGAUAGGAGACUGUUUGAGGAGGCCGAGGGUGACAUUGCCAAGUAUGCCCUGGCAGUGUUCAAACACACAAUGCCGCAGGAUUAUUACCAGCAGUGGCGGGGAAAGGCCAAUGUGUCUGGCACACACCAGAAAGCCGCCCUGUCGCCCAAUCUGGUAAAUGCAGCGUUCAAAGCGGCAAAGAGGCGGAAGCCAAAUCUGGCAGGCAAAGACUAUAGUAACAUCAAAAUCCAAAUCAACAACCUCAUGCGAUCCCGGAAGAGCAGAAGCCUGGCUGUGUCUACAGGGCAGAUGUAACAGCACAGCUCCCCCGGUACCCAGGCUUUGGAUUCUUCCUAUAGAAGAGUAAAGGGAAUCCUGCAAUUGAGAAACCAGUCUGCACUUUGAAUCUCCCCACGGCUCCCAUGCAAGCUGGGCCUGCCUUACGCCUGCUGGAACAGCACAGUAUGGACCCCAGGGGUUUGCUCUUUGGGAGCCAUUGUUUUAUCUUCCUUAAACCAAGGAUGGGAUCAAUGAAGCAGUGCUGCCAAAGGACACUUACCAAAUGUUGGUAGGACUUUCACUAUACUGUGCUCAUCGCCAUGGAUAAUUGUCUUAAGUAGAUUAGCUAGUCUAGAGUGUCCUUGCAGGUCAUUGUGAGGUGUCUUGUAGAUGUAGGUAAGAAUUAUUAUCCCAAGCAUUGGUAACCUCUUUCAGAUUGCCAGGAGUUAGAAAACCCAGGCUUAAUUAAGGUACAGCAUUGGGAUCCUUGGAGCUAGAAGGAUGGUUUCCAACUUGUGGAAUGUGUCCCCCUCCCCCAUGUUUAAUUUUUAGCAAAUUGGUGGUCACUUGUUAAGAGCAAAGCAAUGUUUUGAUGUCAGUGAAAUGUAGUAUUCUCUUGAUUUGUAAUUCGA